CUCGUGUUCAUGCGCGUAACGUCACUCAGUGAGAUGGAAGUCCUGUGAGGAUGGACCAACGCAGAAUCUUGCGGCUCCUGGUCGUUAUAUUUGGAUUAAACGGAGUGUGUGAAUCGUUGUUUUGUAACUGCACCACACCGAGCUGUGAGAAGGAUGGUUAUAAGUGCAAGACAAAUGGGGCGUGUGUGGCGUCAACCUCUGUAAUCGGUGGACAGGAGCAGAAUGUGCGUCUCUGCAUCCAGAAGGAGAAGCUGGUUCCUCCCGGCCAGCCGUUCUACUGUCUCAGCGCUGAGGGACUGAUGAACACACACUGUUGCUAUACAGAUUACUGCAAUAGCAUCGAUCUCAAACUGCCGACCGUGACAAAGCAAUUGGGUGCCGGUCAGGAAUGGGGUCCGGUUGAGCUUACAGCGGUGGUGGCCGGUCCGGUCUUUGUGGUGUGCGUGCUGGUUCUGCUGGGUCUCUUUCUGUUCCAUCACCACCAGCGGGCCUACGGUCACCGCCAGAGACUGGAGGUGGAGGACCCCAGCACUGAACACAUGUUUCUGGCCAAAGACAAGACCUUACAAGACCUCAUCUAUGAUCUCUCCACCUCAGGGUCUGGCUCGGGUCUGCCACUGUUUGUCCAGAGAACCGUGGCUCGUACCAUAGUACUGCAGGAGAUCAUUGGUAAGGGACGUUUCGGAGAGGUGUGGAGGGGAAGGUGGAGAGGAGGCGACGUCGCUGUGAAGAUCUUCUCCUCUCGCGAGGAACGCUCUUGGUUUCGUGAAGCCGAAAUCUACCAGACCAUUAUGCUCCGUCACGAGAAUAUUCUGGGGUUCAUCGCUGCUGAUAACAAAGAUAAUGGCACGUGGACUCAGCUGUGGUUGGUAUCAGACUAUCAUGAGAACGGCUCUCUGUUUGACUAUCUGAACCGGUACUCGGUCACCAUUGAGGGCAUGAUCAAACUGGCUCUGUCGGCUGCCAGCGGACUGGCACAUCUGCACAUGGAGAUCCUGGGCACUCAGGGUAAGCCCGGCAUCGCUCACCGGGAUCUCAAGUCCAAGAACAUUCUGGUGAAGAAAAAUGGCACGUGUGCUAUUGCUGAUCUCGGCCUGGCAGUUCGGCACGAGUCCGUCACGGACACCAUCGAUAUCGCACCCAACCAGCGCGUUGGCACGAAGAGGUAUAUGGCACCUGAGGUUCUAGAGGAGACCAUUAACAUACGUCACUUUGACUCAUUUAAAUGCGCUGAUAUCUACGCUCUGGGUCUGGUGUACUGGGAGAUCGCUCGCCGUUGCAAUGCCGGAGGUAUUCAUGAAGAAUACCAGCUGCCCUACUAUGAUCUGGUGCCCUCUGACCCCUCCAUAGAAGAAAUGAGGAAAGUGGUGUGUGACCAGAGGUUAAGACCCAACAUCCCGAAUUGGUGGCAGAGUUAUGAGGCGUUACGCGUGAUGGGAAAGAUCAUGCGCGAGUGUUGGUAUGCCAACGGUGCCGCCCGACUCACAGCUCUCCGCAUCAAGAAAACCCUGUCGCAGCUCAGCGUGGACGAAGACAUCAAAAUCUGAAACGAAGUGUGAGAGACUGUUGUUCUUAGGAAAAAGAAUGUGUACAGAAAAGCUACCACUCGAAACUAUCCUGCCAGUUUUAAAGCAAAGUAUUUCCGUCCGCUAGAUUGUGACGGGGCCUACCUCACCCCCAACGCCAAAACUACUGAAUCCCACGGUACCCAAAAAGCUCUUCCACUUUCUUUCUACCUGCUUUAAACGACUGUCGCCAUCUGCUCUUCAUAUAGCAAUCUUUAUCUUCGCGAAUUUAGACUACUCAAAUAUACUGCUGGCCCCGGGUAACACCUGUAAUCUCUCUUUAUAAUGAAAUGGUUCUUGGUGGGUUUUCUUUUCUAAUCAUUUGCCCCAAAGACUCACAUUUGACCCUUUUAACUUGGUUGCUGUGAACAUUUGAUGUGGGCUUGUUGCUGUCAGUCUUUGAUCUGUCAAAGGUCUACCUCGGUUAAGAUGCUAUGUAGCUGUGUAACAUUUAUGAACACAUACACACACUCCAGGACAUAAGGGGUUGGUUAAACCGGUAAACGGUGUGAAUUGGUGCAAGAUGAGCUGAUAAGAAUGGACUGGUAGAGAUACUGGACGAAAAAUCAUUUAUUGAUCAUUUAUUUCCUUUUUUAUAACCACGUUAGCAAAACAACCUUGUUUGCACUUUAUUAUGGAGGUUUUGCGAGUAUGAAGUGGAUUAUAGCCAUCUUAAUUUUGGAUUCGCUCACUGGCACACUGUUCUACUGAUCGGUACGGAGAGAUCUAUUUAUUUUAGAUUUUAGAGCCAUCAUAUCGUCCUUAUUUUUUUAUUGCCAUUCAAAUUUUCCUCCACUCCACAGCAAAGCUACUGUAUAUAGUCUAUUUUUAAACGUAUGGAAAUGUAAAUAGCUUACCCUUUUUUAAUUUCUGAAUUCUUUUACUAAGCUCAAUUAAAGUGUUGGGUUCUUUCGGAAAUGUUUCUUAUAUUCUGGACGUUCGGCAGUCAGGUAUGCGAUAGGAAUGCGGGAAACUGAUGUGUGGAAAUGUACGGGUCGCGGGUUUGAAAAUUAUUUGUUUUGUGUCGUGUCGUGUACAGUACAGUACAGUACAGCAAAACUUCUUUUGUUUGACCCAGUCUGUUUUUUAAGCUAAUCGUGUGGAGAGUGUGGCUUCUCAUGGUAGCAUUAAAGGGAUAGUUCUCCCAAAAAUGUAAAUUCUGUCAUCAUUUCUUCACCCUCUUGUCUUUCAAACCAGUAUGACUUUCUUGCUUCCGCAGAACACAAAAGAAGAUAUUUUGAAGAAUGUUGUUAACCGGCACCCAUUCACUUGCAUUGGUUUUGUCUCAAUACAAUAGAAGUGAAUGGGUGCCAACGCUGUUCGGUUGCCAACUUUCUCAUACAGGUUUGAAAUGACAAGAGAGUGAGUAAUGAUGCCAGAAUUUUCUUUUGUGGGUGAGCUAUCCCUAUAAAUUUCACUAAAUAUGACUUAACACUGGUUUCACACAUUUUAUUCAAGGUUUAGGAUUUGUUUGUGUGGCUUAGACGAAAGUGCUUAAACUCUUGAACUCUUAAAUACUUUUUAUCAGUGGAAACGACGACAAAAAAGCAAGGCCAUAAAACCGUAGGAUAAAUGAUGAACGGACUGAAAAUGAAGUAGCUGGAAAUCUCAUCCUCUGCUGCAGCUCUCAAAUUAAACUGCAUUUUGAAGUGCAUUAGUAUCCGUUUAGAUGCACAAUAAUCAUUGACGUUUAGCAUCAGACUUUAAAUCAUGAAUGAGAUUUAUGAAUGAUUUAUGUGUGAGCGGAAGAUUUGUAGUCAGCAGUUGUGACUUGGAGUUCAGUCUGUUCCUGGUGUAAAGCUGUCCUACUUAUUUAUAUAGACCGAGCAGGAUGUGUAUGGACUGCUUUUAUUACUGCUUUUUUAACAUUGACAUCCCCACUGUUUCAUCAAUUCUGUUGUAUGAAUAUAUUAUUUAAUUUUUUUGUGAUGAUCUGUUUCUUGAGAAGCAUGUCAUGAUUCAAGAGGAAAUGUUUCAUUCUUUACACACUGGCAAGAAUGACUUGAAAGGUUUGGUGUAAACUGGGCUCGUCUUUACACCUGAUACACUGUAUUUAUGACAGCUGACCCUGACAAGUACUCUCCCUUAAUACUACUGCUCUUCUGUACUCCACUCCUGUACGGGAUAUGCAAGAUGUAAAUAUAAUAUUUAUAGUGUAUGAUUUUUUUGAACAAUCAUGUUUUCUUUUUACUCUUUAGACUGUUUUGUGGUUGUAGCCGGCUGCGUUUAUUAGCUGUUUAGUUUUGUGUUUCGUCCAUUUUUGUAAUGUGAAUUAAUUCAGGUUUAUUUGUAUAGCGCUUUUAACAGUAGAAAUGCUCUUAAAGCAGCUGUACGGGGUUUUUGUGUGUAUUUUUAUUUUUGUAAUUAGUGGAUCUCCCGGCCUCUCCAGAAUGUUCCAGGACUGAUGUUUAGAGUGUUUGUCUGAUGUUGGGAGUGUUUGACAAUCUCAAUAGUAAGUGCUAGGUAACUUGCUAAACUUGCUUCGUCCAUUUGCAACAAUUAAAAGCCACCAUACGAAAAUGUAUUUAUUCCAGAGAAAACCAAAAAUGUAUUUUCAUUUGUUGUUGUUUGAUAUUUGGAUUUAAAAGAACAAAACAAAAUUUGUGAUAUAACACUGGAUUGAUUUUGAGUCAGUACACUACUGAGAUCACACUAGCACGCUGCUAAUUGUGAAAUGCCUGUCGAUAUAGUUUGGAAAAUCUCAUUUAAUUUUUGCUUUUAGUUAGUUGUUUAAUUCAAAGUGUGUACAUGUACAGGAUAAUGGACAGUCAUAACUCAAUAUAAACCCAAUCGGGACAUACAAGACCGAGUUUAUAUUGUGACAUAAUGUCCAUUUAAUUAAAGCAUUGUAUGAUUAUAAGGAAAAGUUUCCUUUAGCCUCUGUGACCUUUGACCGCACAACCUACCUAUAAUCUGAGUGUAUUUCCCAAAUCUGAACAGGGAUUUUUCAGGAAUUUCCAAUCAUGUACAUGGGUAAUAAAUGGUAAUAAAUACAGAUUUUCCUACAUUGAGGUUGUGUUGUGUGCUCAUUUUUUGCGGCAUUUUAGAAUGUGUUAAGUAUGAUUUAUGACCUCAAACUAGGGGUGAAUCGGAUUGCGGUUGUCAGUUGAUGGGGUCUAUGAAGUGAGGAACUCAUUUACACCAUAUGUUACUUGCAGUGGUGUAAAGUAUUGGAGUAAAUGUAAUUAGUUACUGUACUUAAGUAUGUUUUUGGCUACUUUGUAGUUGUACUGAGUAUUAAAGAUAUUAGCAACUUUUACUCUCUACUUGACUACAUUUUUGAACAAGUAUACUCCACUAUAUUUGUAAUGACUAAUGCAAUUAAACAUUACAUUUUGCAUGGCACCUAUCUUUUUUGCAGCAGUUUAUUUUUGCUACAGAAGAAUUAAUAUUGCCAUUUACAGGGCAUUGCAGGUACUAUAAUCUUGUGGAUUUUGCCCUAACUUACUAAAACUUGUCAACAUGUCUUCUUUAUGUGAAUACGAGUGCAGUAUCAGGUAGUUGUCAAUCGCUGGCGGUUUAUAUGUAAAAUGAGGUCAUGACUGCAGCUGGCGAUGAGGCCAAAACCAGCAUGUCCAGUGCAAAAAGGCUUUGACUUUUUGAUUUUACUUAACAUUAUUUUAUUUAUCUGUUAUAUUGAAGAGACCUUUUUGAAGGAGUUUGGUUUACUUAUGAGCACUUGAGCUUAAAUGAGACUUGGGUGAUUGUAAUAGACGUAAAGUAGGUUAUGGUGUCGGCCAUGAUUUGUUGCAAUUUUGAGGUGUUCAGUCUUAUUAUGAUUUAAGAAAAUAAAUGUGAUUGCUCACCUCACGUAUCAACUGUUUCUUGUUUUUCACAGACAUGUCUCUUAAGUGUUGAGGACGAGUGCUUCUUUGUGCCUACAUUCAGUAUGAGUAAAAUACUCAAAUACUGUUAAAAUCAGAUACUCUUAAGACUUUUACUGAAGUCGUUUUGGAAUUGGUGACUUGUAACUUGUUUGUUAUAAAAUAAAAAUGUCUCUCUUCAGUGAAUAAGAAACAACACACAGGCUUCAAAAGGUGCUAUAAAAGUUCUUCACAUCGAUGCCAUUUUUGGGUUCUAUUUUAUAAUCAAGUUUUUUAUGGAACAGUUCAGUCAAAAAUGUAUUUUCUAUGACAU